AUGUCCUUAUUCUGCUGCGAUGGGGGUGGUCCAUGUGCUCAGAGCUCUCGGAUGAGGGUGGAAGCCAAUGGACCAGCACCUAUAGUACCAGACACCUCGCAAAGCAGAGUCCAUACGCCGUUGCCCAUGUUGCAGGACUGGGACAAGCUUGGAGCUAGGGAGAAGGAGGUCGUACAGGAGAAGCUUGAGAGCAUCGUAAAUGCUUUUGCGCGUGAGCUCACUAGGGGCAAGGUGUUCAUGAAGCUGGGGCGAAAUGGCCGCCUGUUCUACCGCCUAUGUACCCUCGACAAGCAGCUGACAGCAUUCUCGAUGCACAUCAAGGGAGCAAUUGUAGAGUACCCCUUCAGCCAUAUGCAACACAUCAGCUUUGGCUAUGACCUGACAGACUUCACCCAUGUUCCUGUCUCAUUGCCAUCAGAUGCACUGGCAGCGGUGAUUGUCAUGGACAACCGGAGGAUGAACCUCGUGUUCUCCUCUCCGAUGGAGAGAGACGAGUUUGUCACAUGUAUGCUUGUCCUGAAGGAGCGACACAGACGCAAUAAUUCCUAG